AUGAAUUCAAGUAAUAGAAAUGGUCCGGUUAAGGAUGAAAUUAUAGCGAUGCCUUCACAAAAUUCUACACAAAUGAUACCUCAUCAAUAUAAUCAUUUAAAUAAUUCACAAUUAUUACAACCUCAAUUAUAUCAAUUAACUCAACCACCACCACAACAGUUUCAACACCAACUAUAUCAACCAAUUCCUAUCUUUCAACAACAACGACAACAACAGACUAAUAUUCCUUAUUCUACUAUUGCUCAGACACAAAGACCUAUAACUGUACUUCCGCCUAUUAAGAAUCUUUUGUGUAAUUCAUAUACACCAGUGCAACCACUAUCACAUCAACAACAAGCUGCAGCCGCAGCUGCUAGUAAUAAUAGCGCUCAAAGUUCUAAUAAUACUGGUUCCCCUUUAGGUAAUGUUAUCCCUCCAACUCCAGGAAGCAUCAAUAAUAAUAACGGAAAUAACAAUUAUACUACCAUUUCUGGCGAUAUUGAUGGAAGUAUUGUUUCUCAAGGUAAUGAUGUUCUUCAAUGUAAUACUAAUACUUGUACCAAUCAGAUUGCUAAUGUAAAUACCAUCAAUGGCAUUUCAAACGUUGCUGGUUCAACAACAGUACCAACUUUUCAAGAUCCUCAAUUUUUAAAUAAAUUAUUAGUUGAAUAUAACAAAUUAUCCUCUGAAUUAAAAUCGUUAAGAGGUGAAAAUAAAUUAGAUGAUAAUAAACAAUUACCAUCUCUACAAGUUUUAACUCAACAACUUCCAAAUGAUAAUAACAACAAAAAUAAUUCCACUACAUCCACUACCAGUAAUACUAAUUCCAUUAACAAUAUGAUCCCAAAUAGGCAAAGCCCUAUCAUUAACCCUAUGAUGAAUGGUAGCACUACCGAAUCAAAUAACUCUGGCAGUUAUUACAUCCAAAAGGCAAACAGUUAUCCACAUUCUCCUUUAACUCCACCGAUGUCUUUAUAUUCUGCUCAACAACAACAACAACAACAACAACAACAACCAAUGCUUCGUACAAGUAACAGCACUAGUACUCUAUUCACCGCUCAUGCACUAUGCUCUAUAACAAAGGAUCAAAAGAAAAAAAUAAUGAAGAAAAGAGUCUAUAACAAAAAGAAGAAGGACGUUAGAUUGAUAAAAUGUUUCCAUUGUGGUGAAGUCCAAACACCUGAAUGGAGACGUGGUCCUUACGGUAAUAGAACCUUAUGUAAUGCAUGUGGUUUGUAUUAUAGAAAGCUAAUCAAAAGAUUUGAUACUAAGAACGCUAAUUUGAUAAUGAGGUUCAACAAACUAAUCAAUCCUAUGGAUAGAAGAAUUCCUUUGAAUGUCAAUGUUCCAAACAACAUUAUAGAAAAAUUUAACAAUGAUGCCACAUUGGAUUCUGACUAUCACUCCAUCAGGGAGUCCAUUUAA